UCCGUUCGGUCGCCGGUCUCCGCAGAAACAUUAUUAUUUUGUUCAUCAAUGUGCGCCAAACCAACAUUGCAAAAAAGGUCCAUACAACGCUGAGUUUUCCUUGCAUCUUCUUUUGUGUAUUUGAAAUUUUUCCUGCCCCGUCAUCUCGCCGUUUGUCGUCGAGUUUUUCGCCUUCUGUUUUUCCAACGUGACUGAUGCACAAAGCGGUUUUCCACCGAGAAUAAAUAACACAAAUAAGAAAAAGAACAACUUCUGAAUAGGAGGCAACAAAAACUGCGGAAAAGCGAUUUUCUUUUGUUCGAGAGUGAGCGAUUUUCUUUAUUACUUUUUGAGGCCAUAUCGAGAAGAACGACACCAGCCAUAAAAAGGUCAUGUGUGAAAUUUACUAAAAUGAAAACAUGACGAAUCCAUGAAAAGUGUCUCCUGAGAGGGAUUAUGAUCUGAAAAGUAUCAUCCCGCAGCAUGAUCACCCUUACUUUCUACGGGAGGAAAAGGUGAGAGCAAGCAGCUGCAGUUUUUCCGCCUUUGAUAGCUGAUUUGGCCUACAAGCAUCCAGGAAAAUUGAAAACUCACCUUCCAUCACUAACAUCACCAAAAAAAAAAGAGUCAACCAGUGGAAAACAUUUUUGUGUGAGUUUCACGAUAUGGAUGCUGUUUUCUACAAUCCGCAAAAAUAUCGGAACUAGGAAAAAAUGUGUUAGACUUUUGGAAUCAUCGAGAAUGUGAAAUAAAGUGAGAUAACAGAGAAAACAGUUGAUUGUGGCGUAAAUCGUGAUUCUUUGGGAAAGAACCUCAGCCAAAAUGGAUUGAAUCUUCUCCAACAAGUGCAUCUCCUCGCGUGGGAAUAUAACUUCCAUUCCGCAAUACGCAGAAGCUACACCACAAAAAUGUGAACAAUUGCUAUAAUCCUCUUCAUCAGUUUUCUUUCUAAUUUGUUCGUUUUCAAACGUUUGGAAUCAACUAAAAGUACAUAUUAGUUUAUUCGGACAUUUCUUAUUUUAUCAAGUGAACACUUUCUGCGGCCAAAAUUGACUAUUUCGGAACAAACUAAAAAAGGGUAUGUUUGUCUUUAUAAAUUGUAAAUACAACAAAUAAAGUGUAUAUGUGUUUAUGAAUAAAAAAUAAAAUAAAUAAUCAAGUAACUUUUGGAUUAUGACACAAAGCAACAUAGAAAUCAUAAGCAACCGGCAGUGUGUGUGUUUGUGAAGCAAGGAAAACAAUUUCUCCCGAGCAGAAGGAAGUGGCAAAUGUACUCAGAGCAGAAGUGUGGGACCGUGAAACGAGACGAGAAAAUAUCGAUUUUGUGUUUUGAGAAAACAAAUCAGCUGAUAAGUGCUUGAGGAGCAACGGACGGACGAACGGAGUUCCUCCAAAAACACGCCAAUAAAUGAAUUGGGAAAAUUUCAGCAAUACAAUCUCGAUGAUGAACCGCUAAAUUUGUGGUUAGUAGCUUGCUUCCCCGGAGUUCAGGACAACUUCAUACGAGUUUCCCGCCAGCUAACUUUCCAUCAGAUAUACCCAAAGCAUCAAGAUGGCGAUCAACUUCUCUGCUUCAUUCGCUGCAUGCCUGGCUGCGGGUCUCAAAGUACCGCGACAGAUUAUGUAUUGCAUUUCUCAGGACACGCCUUACGUUCUCUACAAAGAUUCACAGGAAGCAGCUGAACGCACAGCCGCUCUCGGAGGUCAAUGGGGUGGUGAAAUGUAUCCAGCAUUGCAACAAAGCGCUCAUGUACCACCUCAACAUAACGGUGCUCAUCAAAUUGCGGCAGCGCAGCAAGCACAGCAACAGGCACAGCAGCAAACUCCUAACAGCCCGCCGAACCAGGACAACAGGCCUCAACAACCGGGUGAACAAGCCAACGGCCAACUACACAGUCCAGCUACUAGUCCUUACCCGCAGAACCACGGUCCAGAAAUGGACGAAAGAAUCAUCAAGGCUCAAAAUAUGCAACAGAACGUUCAUCAGCAACAAAAUGGACAGGUGAAUCACGUUCCAUCCACUGGACAAACGACAUCACCGUCGCAAAAUAUCGAACAUUCGAAUCAACAUCCUGCUCAAAACGGACAAAAUCAUCCAAAUCAUACUUCCCAACCGCAACACCCAUCCAGUAACCCAGGGGCUGGUCAACAACAGCAAUCUCAGCAACAGCAACAGUGUUUCCCAGAACCCGUUCAACCGGAACUAAGUUAUUACGCACAACGUCACCAUGGGCCACAAGGAGCAAUGCUUCCGCCACCAGGAUUCACGCCACUACAUCACUAUUUGAACAAAUCAGGUGUUUUGUCAGGAAUGCCCGCCGGAAUGGAACAGGGAAAUCCAUUGGAACAAUAUGCUAUGCCAGAUCUACUUCAUGGUAACCAGGUUCAUCAUGCCAACUCGAACGGAACGCACAAAUCCAAAGGAUCGGAUCUAAGACUGUUCAAAUGUCUAACAUGCGGGAAGGAUUUCAAGCAAAAGAGUACAUUACUUCAGCAUGACCGCAUCCACACCGAUUCUCGUCCGUACGGAUGCCCUGCCGUAGAGUGUGGCAAACGAUUUCGUCAGCAGUCGCAUUUGACGCAACAUCUCAGAAUACAUGCAAACGAAAAGCCAUUCGUGUGUCCUAUCUGCCAGCGAGCAUUCCGACAACGAGCCAUACUGAACCAACACAUCCGAAUUCACUCAGGUGAUAAACCGUUCGGUUGUCCGUAUCCGGAAUGUGGCAAAAAGUUCCGUCAAAAGGCCAUUUUGAAUCAGCACGUGCGCACCCACCAAGAUGUCUCACCUCAUCUGAUUUUCAAAAAUGGACCACACGCAACGUUGUGGCCUCAGGAUGUGCCGUAUCCGCCGGAACAGGAAGGACAACCCAAAGACGAACAAGCAUUUGGCGACGAAGCUUCCCAAGGAACGCCGGAAUCUCGGGAGUGCUUCUCUCCAGGAGGAACCCUACAGUAUUCAUCGUACUUUAAGGAUACCAAGGGUGUCAAUCAUUCUAUUUUCGGCAACAACAUACCUUAUCUCAACAAAGCAUCCAGCGGAAAGAUGAUGCUCCCCGAUGUUAUCCAACAUGGACGAUCAGCUGGCAUGCCAUUGUACGUGCGUUGUCCUAUUUGCCAGAAGGAGUUCAAACAAAAGAGCACGCUUCUACAACACGGCUGCAUUCAUAUUGAAUCGCGACCCUACCCAUGCCCGGAAUGUGGCAAACGCUUCCGUCAGCAGUCUCAUCUCACGCAACAUUUAAGAAUCCAUACGAACGAGAAACCCUUCGGUUGCCCAUACUGCCCACGGUUCUUCCGGCAGCGAACGAUUCUUAAUCAGCAUAUUCGCAUCCACACCGGUGAGAAACCAUACAAAUGUACCCAAUGCGGCAAGGACUUCCGACAGAAAGCCAUCCUUGAUCAGCACACCAGGACGCACCAGGUAGGCGAUCGACCAUUCUGUUGUCCAAUGCCGAACUGCCGGAGGCGCUUUGCAACCGAACAGGAAGUCAAAAAGCACAUCGAUAAUCAUAUGAACCCGCAUUCAUCCAAGUCUCGGAAGCUGGCAACGAUGGCAGCUCUGAACAACAACAACAAUAACAACAACAACAACAACAACAACAACAACAACAACAAUAACAACAACAACAACAACAACAACAAUAAUAAUAAUAACAACAACAACAACAAUAAUAAUAACAACAACAAUGGCAUGCUGGAGCAAAAGGUAUCACCCACCUUCCUGAUGGAUAAGCAAAAUAAUCUAAUUCAACGAAUGGGACCGGUUAAGCACGAGUUGUAUUUCCCUCAGUGCUACGGAACAGCGUUUACUCAACCGUUUGUGGCCGGUACAGCAGUUGUAGCAGCAAAUACAGCAGCCACAGUUAACGGAAACACUGGCGCAGCGGCUUCUAGUGUUCCACCUGGCAGCAAUACAGCCAAUGGACCCGAUCCAAUUUCGCAACAGACGCACACUACGGCAACAGUCACGGCGGUUCCGGCGUCAGUAGCAGCGGUAAUUACAGCUCCAACUCCGCAAGCCGUGGUAGCUCAACGACGGACGAGCAGCAGCAGCAGCAGUAGCAGCAGUAGCAGUAGUAGCAGCAGCAGCAGGAACAGCAUCAGCUGCAGUGAAGAAUCACAUCAAGGAGUUUCCGAUUCGUGCAAUUCGCCGCUUAUACACAGCAUAGUACAGCGCUGGCCGAUACACGUUCCCAACGCCGUGGUCGUUGUCGUCCUCGCUUCGACAAUUGUGAGAACACACGACAUCAUUUGCAACAACUACAGCAGUACAAUGACCGAAAGUCAGGCCAGUGAGCAUCUCCGAAACCGACAAUGGCAGCAGGCAAAAGACAUAUAUGAUCAAAUCUUGAAUACAAACGACUACAAACCACCCAAGGAAAGUAUCAUCGCUUGCCUCUAUGGACGAACUGAGUGCUGUUUGGAGCUCAAAGAAUACGACAUUGUCGCUGAAGAUUGCCACCAGCUUUUGAAACUGUUGAACAGCUCGGAAACAAGCGCCAAUCGUGUUACUGAUUCUGCGAGUCCAGUUCCAUCGUCAGCAUCGUCGUCUUCUUCGACUUCGUCCAACUCUUCAACGCAAAACAACGCAACUGGAACAACAGAAUCCAAAGUCAGAAAACGACUGAUCCAUUCUUUGUUCAAACAGCAAAAAUUUGUCGAGGCAGAGAUCAUCCUACAGGAAUGGUCCACUAUCCAUAAUUACCAUCAAGACAUCAAUCGAUACCUGGAACGGCUGAAAUCUGUGCUGAAAAUGGCGUCGGCUAGCUCAUCACCUACGCCAGCCUCAAGUGGUGUAGAACAAGUAGCACCGUCCACUGCACCUGCGACAACAACCGAAGCAUCGUCCCCAGCAUCAUCUGAAUCCUCUGUUGGUUCUUCCACCACACCCACGUCAACAAUUUCCUCACUUUCAUCUAUCAAUGAUGAAUAUGAGCAGAUUGAAACCAAACUGGAAAAUCUCAUCAUCAACAAUCUCCCACCUGAUCGUUACACCAAACAGUUGAAUCAAAUCGAAAGCAAUUUGCGGGCAACAUUAGAAAAUCACCCCCAACCAAACGGCGAUAACAACGGUGACGAUAGCAGUGAGUCAAAUAAGUCAAGGGAGAUUCGAUCAUGUGAGAAAGAAUUAGACUCCAACGGCAGCAGCAAUGAUACAACUGAUAAAGAUUCCAGCAUCAACGGUAAUGAGGAUAGCAGCAAUGAUGUCCAAAUCAACAAAAGUGACAAUGAAGAUGUGACAAAGGAAUCAGUGCUGGGCGAAGACUCGACUUCAACAACGACAGUCACAACCAGUACUGCGAUCACCUUAUCCAGGGCGUCUCCUUCGAACUCAACAACGAGCAGCUCAAGUUCCGGUGUGAAUAAUUUCCAAAAGCAGCUCGAUAAGAUUACCAACAUCAGUUGCGUCUACUGCACAUUGACAUUUGUGGAUCGCUCGGAAUUGAGAGCACAUUGUCAGACGGAAAGCCAUCAGAACAUUAUCAUGUCGGAUGAAGGUCGUGAUUGGAAAUGGCGUCCUCCUCCACGUGGUUUUACGACGGAAUCAUACACGUUGUGUGAGAACUAUCUGGACAACCAAGCGUGCCACUAUGGCAAUCAAUGUGUUGAAGCACACGGAAUCGACGAGCUGAACGAGUGGAAAGAUCGUUUUGAAUAUCGCACGAAGAAACUGCAGCGGGCGCGAGAUAAGGAGUUGUACGGGAAGAGCUACACCGAACAAUUGCUAGAACGUUGGGUGCAGGCACCCAGUCCCGACAAAAUAAUGAAGGAAAGGGUAGAAGGCGUAGAGGAGUCUUGCUCGCAGGAUCUAGUGACAACGGUAAGCUCAAAAGUGAGCAAACGGGAAUGGACAUUUGUGCUAAAGACGCGAAGGUUGCUAAAAGCAGUAGCUCUGCUCCAGGAUGCACAUCGUAACCAUUUCAUCAUAAAGCAAAUUUUCCCCGGUGAACCUAGAAGUGGAAGCGUUGGUAAAAAGAUUAGCCCAACAACGACAGGGAAUAGAGUGAUAGAAGCUGAACUCAUGUCCGAUCAGGAAUGGGUUGCACCUACGGAACAGAAGCAUGGCGAGCAAACGAGUGAAGCAGGUCCUAUGUUGGAGCAUAGAAUAAAGGUUAUCUUCAAUACCGACAUCUACGGAACUUUCCGGCAAGCGGUGGUGUUCGAUUUUGGAAAUGAACCAGUGCUUGUGAAGCACAUGUGUGUUGACGUUGUUCCCGUCACCGAGGUAGAUAAGAUUCAAGAAAUUCGCAAGGAUAUUGUAAUGUCUACUUCAGAACGAUGGGACGAAACCAAUUCGGAGAUGAUCGAGUUUACGACGACCAUUAUUCCUCAUAUGCAGACACCUGCCUAUGCCGCCGAUGCGGAACGAGAAAAAGAUUUGCUAGCGAGAUAUCCUUUACCAAAGGCUUCAUCGUUUGUUUUAACGCAAUCUACCAUCACAGAGAAAAAGGUGACCAAGAACAACUAUCGGAAUCGUAUUCAUGAGCUUUUGUACGUGGAAGAAAUCGCACGGUAUGAACAAAUAGCUCGUUACAACCUAACGACAAGAUUGACGAUCGCCACUAACUAUCUGCUGACACCAAGCGGAAUGGCAACUAGCACAGCCAAGUAUUCACACUCGGGUGAACUUUUCGCUCUAAUGAAACUUGGAAAAGAUGUUUCAGAGGAUACUUCCGCCGGUCGCUUGAUCCUGAACAAUUGCCAAGCUGUACUGAUUGCUUCUAAGGAUCCCAUUCCCUCAGGGGAAAAGCGUAAAGUUUAUGAAGCCGUUAUUGAGGAUAAAGGAAAGAACAUGAUAUAUCUCAAAGUAUCGGCAAAAGCUGUCGGAGGUCUAGGAUUAAAGGCAGAGACCGAGUUUAUCGCGGAUAUUCAGUUUCAGCCGAACCGAUUGACGUAUUGUGAGUGGCAUCACGCCAUCGAUAAAAUCGCUGACUUUAGAAUUAUUUUUCCCGAUAUCUACCUUGAGCCGAGCAUUCCUUGGACGCCCCAGCGGCAGUGGGAUGCCUCGUUGGAUCCUAAGCUGAAUUCAAAACAAAAGGAAGCCGUCUUAUCGAUAACAACACCGAUCAACAUUGCCUUACCUCCGAUCUUGCUGAUCGGACCUUUCGGUACAGGCAAGACUUACACGUUGGCACAGGCCAUUAAACAAUUGCUACUGCAGCCGGAGUCUAAAAUCCUCAUCUGUACACACUCCAACUCGGCGGCUGAUUUGUACAUCAAGGACUAUCUUCAUCCGUGGGUGGAGGAAGGCAUGGAGGAAGCCAAGCCGUUGCGUGUCUACUACCACAAGCGAUGGGUUGCCACGGUCAACAGUAUUGUGCAAAAGUAUUGUCUGAUCGACCUGAACAUCAAUGUGCGUAACUUUCGCCGCCCAUCGGUGGAGGAUAUUCUGAAGCAUCGGAUCGUAGUUGUAACACUGAACAUCUCGAUGGAGCUGGCAUCGCUCGAUCUGCCAAAAGGGCAUUUUACUCACAUCUUCCUCGAUGAAGCUGCGCAAGCAAUGGAAUGUGAAGCGAUCAUGCCGCUGGCGCUUGCCACAGAAAAAACUCGCAUCGUUCUUGCCGGUGAUCACAUGCAGAUGUCCCCGGAGCUGUUCUCCAACUUUGCCAAAGAGCGAAAGUUGCACAUUUCUCUGCUGGAACGACUGUACGACCAUUAUCCAAAUGAUUUUCCGUGCAAAAUUUUGCUAUGCGAAAACUAUCGGGCGCACGAAGCAAUUAUCAAGUUCACAUCGGAACUGUUCUACGAGCAAAAGUUGAUCGCAUCGGGCAAGCAACCACGCCAUGAAAAGUUCUAUCCGCUGACAUUUUUCACGACGAGAGGUGAAGAUGUACAGGAUAAGAAUUCAACGGCUUUUUAUAAUAAUUCAGAGGUCUAUGAAGUGGUCGAAAGGGUUUGUGAAUUGCGCAAAAAAUGGCCGAGCUCGUGGGGAAAAAUCAACGAUCAAAGCAUAGGUAUAAUGACCCCUUAUGCUGAUCAGGUUUUCAGAAUUCGGUCGGAGUUGAGAAAGCGACGCAUGGGAGGUAUAAGCGUGGAACGUGUGUUGAACGUUCAGGGAAAGCAGUUCCGUGCAAUAUUCCUGUCUACAGUAAGAACUAGAAGGACCUGUACGACUAAUACCAGCGAAAGUAGUAGUUCAUCUGAAGAUGUUGACUAUGGGUUCUUGAGCAAUUCGAAGCUGUUGAAUACGGCUAUUACUCGGGCACAGAGCCUGGUGGCAGUGGUAGGAGAUCCCGUUGCAUUAUGCUCCAUUGGACGAUGCAGAAAAGUUUGGGAACGGUUCAUAGAGAUAUGCUAUCAAAACAAGAGUUUGUUCGGGAUUACUUGGUCCUUGUUGAGAUCACAGCUAGACGGAGUAGAAUUGAAGAAAACGUAUGUACUGAAUCCAUUAGCACCUGAAUUUAUACCUCGGGCGCUGCAAGCUGAGGCAUAUCUUCGAGAGCAAGCAGCUAACGUCACCGGGCAGUUUCACCAACAACCGUCACAUCACGUUCAGCAUCCCAGUAACUAUCAUCAUCAAGUGAACCAGAACUUUUCAAGUGGGCAUAGUGGUGCUACUCCAAGCAGUAGUAUGGUGCGACAGAUUGUUCCGCAACAACCAAUGCAACAGCCGCAACCUCCGUUCAUCGGUCAUGGACCAGCUGCUCACGCAGCACAUCCACCUAUUCCACCUCAAACACAGCAACAGUUUCCUUAUCAAAAUCCUAUGUUCUUUUACCAACAACAACAACAACAACAGCAGCAGCAACAACAACAACAACAACAACAACCACCACCACCACCACCACAGCAACAGCCAAUACGUGGACCACCACCUCAUCCCAAUGCCCUCGGGCCGCCAGUUCCCCCAAAUAUUCCUCAAGGGCCAGCUGCAUUUCAGCCAAACAGUGCAGCAAAUCUAUGGAGUGCCCCUGGAACAGCUGGCCAUUUUCCGAUGGUACCUUCACCCGGUGGGCGCAACACUCCACCCGGUUGGCGUCUGCCACAGAAAAAUCCUGCUCAACCAAUUCGUCCGCAGUUAGCUCAACAUCAGCACAUGCAAUUGACAGCAAGUGGAAGACCUCUUAUUCAACCGCCUCUGAGAAGUCCUGUAUCACAACAGCAACCAAUACCUGCUGUUCCACAGAUGCCUUACCUCCAGCAACCACAAAACAAAACCCUGCAAAACUUUGCUCCAUUUGCCCAUCAUCAGCCUCAUCCUCCGACCCUAGGGCACCAUCAGCAGCAACAGCAGCAGCCACCUCAACAGCAACCACCACAACAACAACAACAACAACAACAACCGCAUCAACUUCACCACAUUCGUCAAAUCCUUGGAGGUCCCAUAAGUCCUAGUUCCUACCAACAACAACAGCAACAACAACAGCAGCAGCAAUCACAUCAAUCAUCUCUUUUCACUCAGCAAGAUCCAUAUCUGUCGAAUCUAUCCAAUGACCUGAUGGCAACAAUUACAGCAAGGGCCUCCCAAAUGCAAAUACCGCCCACACAUCCUCAGCAGACGAUGCUACAUCAGCAGAAUCAGAAAAUGAAUGCACUUCGGUUGGAUGACCGUCACGCGAUCGAUAAGGAUAUUCAAUUCCUUCAAAAUGUACAUUUCCCAGAAAAGUAUGGACAAACAUCUCAAACCUUGCAGCAGCAACAACAACAACAACAGCAACAACAACAGCAACAGCAGCAGCAGCAGCAACAGCAGCAGCAACAACAGCAGCAGCAACAUCAACAACAACAACAUCAACAGCAACAUCAGCCUCAUUCCAAUACAGCUGCCAGUACAGAUUUUAAUCACUUACUGCCGCCGAAUAUGAGUUUCCUGGAUGUUGCUCUGCAGACGAAAGAGUUCCAGUACCUUUGGUUCAUCAAGCUUGUCGAAACUCAAGGUCUCGAAGCUGCCAACAAGUUCACCGAUAUCCUGCGGCAGGUUCCAACCCUGGCAUCUACUACAGCUCAUCACCAGCAAACACAAAAGAAGCUUAAUGCGUUGGUACCAUCCCAAGCGGAUCUGUUCCUAGACAACUUGUUAAAUCCGAACAAGGACGUGCUGACACCGACUAACAACCAGCAACCUGCAAUUCUGCAUCAAUCCCAAAACACCUCCAUUUCCAAUGGGAAUGCUCUUAUGGGAGGACAGGGCAGUGGCAAAAACUUGCUCGAGAACGUUGACCUGUUUGGAAACCUUUCGUCGCCGCUCCCGAGUGAACUUCCCUUAAUCGGAUCGAAUUCUUCUGCAUCCUCGCAACAAUCGGUACCGCUGUAUCGUCGUCAGGCUGGUCAAAAUUAUCAGAACAGUACAGCUUCUUCGUCUAACGCUCAGUCAAUAGCGUCCUCUACAUCGGAUCUGUUGGAUAACCAUCUACAGCAGACUCUUUUCGAGGCACUGGAUAAUAAACUACAUCCGAACAAUGGUGGGAUGAUGUUUGGAGGCCAGAAUCAAUCACAGUACGGUACCGGUGAUCAAACGAAUGGAUUUCAAGGAUUCCCUUCGGUACACAAUAUAGCCGCAGGACUAAUGCAGCAGCAGCACAAUCUAAACAGCCGUGAAUUUUGGCAUCAAUUGCAACAGCAACAGCAGCACCAUUUGCACGAGAAUCGCAGUUCUUCGGUAAACAGCACGGUCGAAGAGCUGCUAAACCGUCAAAAUCAAACAUAUGCUAGCGUGCUUAGUCAGGCUGGCAACAAGCAGCACUCAGGUGGAUCGAAAGACGGUAACGGUGGAAGCGAUGGCGGCGCCGGAUCAGGUAAUGGCGGUGUUCCAUUUGCCGCACUGAGAGACUUGGGUCGGAAGAGCAAUGGUUUUUAUAACUACUUUCAGUAGGCUAACCGCGCGCGGAUGAAGGAUGAAUGGACGAGGUAAGUGAUAUUUUCGGCGAGAGGGUUAUGGUAGCGAUUUAAUGAUUCUCUAUUAAACAUUAACUAGACGAUUUAGUGAAGCGACGUGGUGAUAGGCGAAGGAGUAAUGUAGAAAAACACAACAAUGAUUAUUGAAAUGGGAGGUAAUCAUCAAAAUCAAGACUGGAGUAAAAACCAGACAAGUCUGGUAGUAUUGGAUUACAAAUUUCACUUAGUUUUAUCAUUUUGAGUUAGGAUUAAAUUACUAAGUAAGCAAAAAAUUUAAACUUGUAUACUACUGAGCAAUUGCAUAAUUCAUUCGGUUGAACUAGAACAAACAAUUUUGUGAAACUUAAAAGUGAUUGUCGUAAACAUGAACUCCAUCGAAUGGGUGAUUUGUUUUUUUGGAUUCUACCCACGCGAUGUGUAAUAAACAUUGCAAAUUUUCUUACUUGGCAUCUUGUUUAUGAUGAUUUCCUCUAAGUUUCGACUUUUUACAGCGUAACUUUGAUCAAAAAAACGGUAAAGUGAAGCAGUAAACGAUGAGAGGAUCAGAGGACAAUUCUUGAAUUAGAAAACAUAUAGAAUUGCAAGUUGAUAAAGAAAACGUAGAAAAAACUGUUACAAAAAAAAUGAAAAAGCAAAACAAAAACCCAAAAAGUUUCGUCUACUUAUAUUUACAUAUACACUUAUAUAACACAUUACACUUAAUAAUUUAUAAAAAUGCAAAAAAAAAAGAUGAUAAAAUCAACAAAAAUCUAAUAAACUUAUAUUGUAAUGAAAAAAUAAAGAUUAUUCUAUUCUAACACCAUUUUUGGUUUCGAUAUUUAGCAACGCUUUUGUUUGGAUUAUUUUCUUUUUUUCUAUUUUCUAUUAGUCAGAAAACAAUAAAAGUGUUUGUGUUGUUCCAAAUUUCAAUUUGUCCGCCAUACACACAUAUGGAAAGCCAAGGGCUUUAGCAAUAAUGUGAUACUUUUGCAAUACCUAAAACAAUUCAAGCUCUCACACACACGCACAUAAAUCAUCGGUAAUAAUAAUAAACUCGCUGCAAUGGACCUGUACCACCAACAUUUCAAUAGGGUGGAAGUCCUUUUGUAAAUAACCGCCGAUUCCUCGCGAAUGCUUCAUACCAGCUGGAAGAAGAAGCAUUUCCCUAACCUUUGGUGUGGUUAGACUGCGUGCAUGCAUUUUCAUUUGCUAUAAAUCAGCGGCUAAGGACAAGAUUGAUAGAAUUCACAAAUGGCCGCUAUCAUGGUUGAUUUACAAAGUAAAUCAGUCAUGAUAACGGCCAUUUUUGAAUUUAUCAACCUUGUCCUUAAGGUCAUUGUUUGCAAACGCAGUUUUGCCUAUAUUGAAAUGUUGAUGAAGAUUUUGUUUUAAUUUUAUCCUGCAAGAUCAUAAUUUUCUGACAACUUUAAUUGUAAACUUGCCAAGAUUGCGACGAUUUAGAAUGUUCAAAAGCGUUAGAUAUUAACCAUAAGCUUUGCAAAUCUGAAAGAAACACCAUUGGCACACAGAAAAUUAAGAAGACCUUUCAGAAUCCCCCGAUUCCAAUCAAGACGGAUGGAAAAUCCGUCUUAAUCGAAAUAGGGAAUAGGCAUGAUUAAAAUUAGAAUAGAGUAGGUCUACUAUUAAAACACACAGAAUCAGUAUAGAACAAAAUGUACGCUGUAUGGCAUAGCGCAAUUUGGUUUGAAAUCAUUCAGCUAAGUCCAUUCACUUCCGGUGAUAGCCAACCAUAUACUACCCAUAAUCGUUUAUCUUUGUUUGAUGUCCUAUUCAUAUGGGACUGUUCUGACAAUUAUUUGUCUUAAUGAAUUAUGUUCAUGAAGUAUUUAUAGCCGUCAAGAAAUUCUUCUACUAAGAACGGUGGAACGCGGGUAGGCCCAUCCCUCCAAUACUGCCGGUUGCGAGCUACAAAAUGCACGAAGUUUGUUCUAGCUCAUCACUCUUUCAGCAGGAUGUCUACUUGGAAAACCUGAAAUCUUCAGGCAAUUUUUUUCCCUGAAAAAACCAGGAAUUCUCAGCCAGAGAACCUUCGCAGAAAUUUUAAAAUAUUUCAUAAUAUAAACAACAUUAUCUCCUUGCUAGUUACACUUACUCUUUGAACGAAAUAAUUUGAUAGGAUUUUCCAAGUAUCUAUUGGAAUAAGUUCAAGGGAAUACAGAGGAAAAUAUCAUUGGAUGAUUUUUUUAUAGGAAAGUGAAAUUUAAUGAUUCCUUUCAAACGAGUUCUGAUGAAUUCCAAACUCUAGGUGAAACGUAAGGAGAAUACAAAGGUAGUUCUGAGUAAAAUUCCAAGGGAAUCCUGAGUAGGAUUCAAAGUCAAUUUACAAGAGAACUCUGUGGAGCAUUCCAAAGCAAUUCCAAUUAUAAUUCAAAUAGAGUUCUGACUAAAACCGCAAAGUCAUUUUGAAUUGACUUCUUUUUUAAUAGAUUUGUAAGGAGAACUGAAAGUGAAUUCUAAGGAGAGCUGCAAGGUACUUGUAAGUAGAAUACCAAGAGAAGAAGGAGAAUCCAAUGGGAAUUCUGAAAAUUAUUCAAUCAACAUUCUGAGGAUGAUUCGAAAGUACUUUGAGGAAGAUUUGAGGAAAAUUUCAAGGAAAUUUUCAACGAAGCUUCGAGUUGAAUUUCAAAGACUAUGGACAAUUUCAAGGUUGUUCAUGUAUUGAUGUUUAGAGAACGCCAAGAAGGGAUCCUAGGAAAUUCUGAGGACCAUUUAAAGGAAUUCACAUUUUUUAAAUGUUUCUUUUCAGUAGAGCUGCCGAAGUAGCUUAGUGGAAUCGGUUACGGCUAUAACGAUGUUAGCAGCUUGAGCCUUACGUGUUCUUACUUCCCGGGUUUCAAUCCCAUUCAGGCAACAGCGGUCUACGUAUGAAGGCAAUUUAGCUGUAUAACGCCACGGUAUAUAACGGAACACGUGACGACCAAACUUCCAUGGUAAACUUUCAUACCUAGUUCCAAUCCAGCGCUUGCAUGCAGCUUUCGUUUCCGGUCCUUCGUAGUGUGUGGCCAAGUCACAGCCGUUUUAGAAUUUGUGUUGAUAUCGGACUCUGACUACAUCAACGAUGAAGCUCGGUGUUCGAGCUCCAGUUAUGUAGCCACUAGACACAAAUUAUAUACCGCAGGCAUCGGUUAUUGAAAACUUGCACAAUUUGAGUGUUAACAUGGUUUUAUAACACUAGCACCAAUUUAACACUUGCCAGAGUUCAAGUAGCCCGAAUGCGGCUAGCCCAAACUUAAUAAUUUUAGGAGAUUUUUCCUUCUUUAGAACAAGAGCAGUUCUUCUGGCUUUAAGAGAUGAACUACGACUAAAAAUCUACAUAAUAAAGUAUUAAUAAUAGUAGUUCUUUCGGCUUGUACUUUACCGAGGAUAAAGAUCUAAUUUUGAAAAUUUUAGAUUUAAAAAUUGACUCAACUAUAGGAAAAAAUUAGCGAGUUCUUGCAUUUCAAAGUUUGAUGAGAAAUCAGAAUCUAAUAGUUUAAAGAGGAUUUUUCCUUCUUUUAAACAUGGGCAGUCCUUUCGAGAACUUGGUCAUAUUUCUGGGUUCUAGUUCCAGAAAAAGCCAAGGUCGAAGGAAAGGAUCGGGUAUCGAAGGCGUUAUUGAUGAGCUGUUUGUCCGAUGAAUACCUGGAGAUUGUACGGGAAAAAGGUACCACGAAAGAGAGGUGGAUGAGCCUGCAAGCAACUUUUGCUAAGAAAUCUGUGGUGGACCAGAAGAUUAUUCAGUAGCAGUUGGCACGAUUGCGGGUGACGGAAGGUAAGGACAUGAGAAGUAACUUGCUGGAAUUCAAUGAAUUGGUGCGUAAGUUGAGGACUGCUGGAACAACGUUGGCGUGCCCUUUAUGACAGCCUUAGAGCCUCCCUUAGCUCAGUCGGUAAAGGCCCAGCUAUAUAGCGAAAAAUGUCUCGACUGUAUGAUUGUACUUGUGGUACAGGCUUAGAAAGCUCUCAAUUAACAAUUGCAGAAGUGCUCAAAGAACACUAAGUUGAGGGCGGGCGCAAGCCAAAAGAAUAAGAAGAUGGCAGACUUAGAGAACGUAUCAAUAGAAGAGCUGACUAUAGACCUGAUGGAGCAACAUUUGCUAGGUGAAGAGUCACAAAUGUGGAAAACAUGAGCAUAUGAUGAAGGAUUUUUUUUUUUGCUUUAUUAGAGAGACUUUCAGCCUUUAGCUGGUUCGUCUCUUAUCAAGAAGGAUUGUAACGAGCAAACCCGUGAAGAUGUUGAGGAUGAUGUUGAAACGAGAAAGUCAGUGAGUUUCAAGGCGUUGUUGACAUUGAUACACGGUGAGACCCACCGCAAUGAGAGUUCAGCUAGGCCAUCGAGCUUACUGUGCAUAUCAGAGCACCGAUGCUAAUAGAGCAAUAUCAUCAGCCAAAUCAAAGUCGUUGAGAUACUCCAUGAUGAUAGGCUUCCAGAGCAGCCCACGAUUCUUUAUACAGCCAAUUGCACCUAGCAUGAUCUCAUCGAUUGCGAUGAGGAACAGUAGUGGUGAUAGAAUACAUCCUUGUCUCACACCCGCGGUUACCCGGGUAGGGUUGAACAAGGCUCCCUAUGCAGAUCUCUUUACGUGAAAUCCUCGUACUACGCUCCGAUGAGGUUCUUAGUUUGACGAUUUUAUCUGAGUUGGGGUCAGCUUUGAGCAUCUCUCAAGCAACGUUUCAGCUGGUCAGUAGAGCCGGAAAACAACUGAACAGUCGCUUCCUUCACAGAAAUCCUUGGGUUCAGCCUUGAUCCGCUCAGGCGUUGUUAGAUAUCGUUCUUCUUUCUGGUGUUCUUGAAGUACUUCCACAAUUCCGAAAGAUUUCCUCAACCUGACCGGGAAUCGAACCCUGCCGGCUUGCUAAUACCGUGUAUUUGCUGACUAGUGUCUAUGAGGCCCCUGAGAUAUCGUAGAGGAGUCGUAAAUCGCCAGCUGUUGAGGCUUUCUCCCCCUUUGUCAGUCAGGCCAGGUUUCAUCGAUGCAUGAUCCACUCUUUCCUCUGAGUGCGCAGCUCACUUAGGUUGUUCUCACUUGUUUUGAUUAAGGCAUUCUUAAUGACUGUCCACUGCUCUUUGGCACCGCCACCUUCCAGAACAUCCGUUGCUCGGGCCUCAAGUUCUUCAGCGUUUAUUCAGGACAUCAAAAGCUCCGUCUCCAUUGUGGUCGAUUUGAUUUUCGGUAUGUCUGUCAAGGGAUAAUUACGAUCACCAUCCCAAGCAGCACAUUUCCGUCACUAAAAGCUGCAGCAACUUGAUUGUGACCGAAAUAAGUUGCAUAGGAGUUGCUUCAACGGUUUUGCGACAAGUGUGCUACUAGGAAUGUUGUUAGUGCCACAAAACUCUACCAACAGCUCACCGUUCCGUUGUGAGAGUCGAUCUUUGCAUUGAAGCCGCCAGUGUCGCAACCAAUUUAACCAAUAAGCCAGCUACUUUGUCUAUAAGCUGCAUAUGACUUAAAUGCUAAUAUGGAGGAUAUAAACGUUAUAUUAGUCGUUUAUCAACCAAUCAAAAGGCCAAGAAGUGUGCUUUUGGCCAUCAAGUUCCUUAAGUAGUUUUUUAUCGGCUACGUACUAAAAAGUGUAAAAAUCCUCUCUAAACAUGCAAGUUUAUCGAUCUAAGAUAGCAAUUUCUCCAAAUAGCUGUUUUGUUCUGAAUUCCUGUCUUCUGCAAUGUUUGCAUCAAACAGCGCUGUGCCAUACGUACUGGAACAAAAAAAAACUAAAAAACGCUCACACACAUGUUUUGGCAUAAAUUAUACACGACAGAAAACCAUACUUUUCUUACACUUCAUCGCGGAUGAUUUAAUUUCAACUCGGAACAUAAACCUUAAAAAGACGAUCUGAUCGUCACAAAAAAGAUACCCCUGAUUAAAUUUACAUCCUAACUAACUUACGUCAUUUAUGAUUAGCCUUAUCCAGUGUCGAGUUUUUUUUUAUCAAUUUAUAAUUAUCAUGAUUACUAUUAUUUUAUUAGUUAGCGGUAAACGAUUGUGAAAGAAGCUCUCAUUUUUUUAUAAUAAAUUCAUAACUAAUAUAAUGAUUAUUGGAAUAAAAAUAAAACAAAAAUGCAAAAAAAAAACAAAAAAUGAAAAAUCCCAAAAAAUUUGAAUGUAAACAUUAUAGACAUUAUUGCUAAUCGUUUUGCUUGUCCCAUUGCUGUUUCAUGAGAGGGUAAAAUUGUCCGACUUCAGCGGCCGGCUGUUACGCUUCAUGGCACAGUAUCGAGAUGGGCAAAAAUGGUGAUUAUACGUAGACUUUAACAUGUAUUAAUAUUUAUAUUGUGACAGAAAACAAAACAAACAAAAAGCAAAAAAAAAAUAUAAAA